GACAUCUCAAUUGGAGAUGCUCUAAAGAGCCAAACAAUGUCCAAAGUAGAUCGAUAGAAACUCUCACGGAACCUUAAUUCUUGAACUAAAUAUUAGAAUUGCUAAUUUAGGGUUUGGGACUACAAAGCAAUGAAGCAGAACUCAUUCCCUUUUGCAUUCCCAUAACAAUUUGUGAGCUUGUAUUACCAUGGACAGAUAGACUGCUGCAACGGUAGUGUCUGGGUAAACUCCUGUACCUACUGUGAUGGUGCAGCUGUUGAAAGCCCAAAUUAAUGGGCUAGCCAGGCAAUCAGAGAUUCUAAUUUCAUGGAAGGAACCCUUCAGAUUUUUAGGGUUUGUCAUUGGUGGCAGAACAUACAGAACACUUCAUUGCAGAGACUCUUAUCACCAUACCUACUUGCUACAGCACUGUAAAAGCACCAUAUCGAUCAAAAAACUCCAUGCCCGGAUAAUUACUGGAGGUUUUGAGCAAAACCCAUUUGUUGUUGCAAAGCUAGUUGGCAAGUAUGUCGAGUGCAGUGAAUCAAGCAUGGAAGCUCCACGUAAGCUGUUUGAUAAAUUGCUUGAGAGAGACGUUUUUGUGUGGAACAUGGUUAUUCAGGCUUAUGCAAAUGUGGUUCCUUUUGUUGAAGCCCUCAAUGUGUAUGAUAGAAUUCGGUUCAGUGGUGUACCUGCAAACCGGUACACCCACCCUUUUGUGCUCGAGGCUUGCGGUGCAAUGAGAGAUGUAAAAAGAGGUCGGAUUGUUCAUGGACAUGUCGUGAAAUGUGGACUCGACUCGGAUUUGUCUGUUGGGAAUGCCCUUAUUGCCUUGUAUUCCAAGUGUGAGGAGAUUGAGAUAUCGAGAAGAGUGUUCGAUGAAAUACCUGAGAAAGAUUCUUUCAGUUGGAAUUCCAUGAUUUCGGGGUACACGACAAGUGGGAAUCCUCAUGAAGCUCUCAUGGUUUUUCAUUCCACGCUGCAAGAUCAUGCCACAUGCUUGCCUGACCAUGCCACUCUUGUUUGCAUUCUUCCUGCUUGUGUUGAAGCAUCGGCUAUUGAAGUUGAAUUUUGGAUUCAUUCUUACAUUACAUAGCCAAUUAUGAAAGCCGAUGCUGUUUUAGGCAGCGCUCUCAUUACAAUGUAUGCAAAUUGUGGUCGCGUAACCACUGCCAGAGUUAUUUUUGAUCAAAUCAGCGAGAAUACUGUGAUCCUGUGGAGUGUGAUUAUCCGGUGUUAUGGAAUGCACAGGCAUGUAGAUGAGGCACUCCAAGUGUUUUCGCAGUUUGUGGAGACUGGCUUACGCCCGGAUGGUACUGUAUUUUUGUGUUUACUGUCCACUUGUAGUCACUCAGGGAUGAUCACAAAAGGCUUGGAACUUUUCGAGAAAAUGGUAGAUUAUGGAGUAACAAUAAGCGAGAAACACUACGCCUGUGUAGUUGACCUUCUGGGAAGAGCUGGGUUACUUGACCAGGCGGUCGAGCUUAUUAGAAGCAUGCCCAUGGAGGCAGGGAAAGAUGAAUAUGGUGCCUUGCUUGGAGCCUGUAGAAUACAUAAUAACAUAGAACUCGCCGAAGAAGCUGCGGGAAAGUUGUUUGUUUUGGACCCCGAAAAUGCUGGGAGGUACAUUCGUCUAGUCAUCAUCUAUGAAGAUGUGGGCAGAUGGGAGGAUGCUGGUAGAGUGAGGAAGCUACUGAGAGACAACAACGUCAAGAAGCCAACUGGAAGUAGUUCGGUUGAGGUGGAUUGUAUGUAUCACACAUUUGAAGCGGAUGACGAAUCUCACCGGUAUACAGACCAGAUUUUCAACACAUUGCAGAGAUUGGAUACGAUAAUGGAAGAAGAAACAGUGAUGGUUUAAUGUGAUUGUCGUGCCUCAAUAGAGUUACACGAUUUGAAUUCGACAGUGUCACCGUUAGAGCAA